CAAUCAAUGGAUAUUACUUAACUUUAUCUCCGUUCUGCACAAGAACUCUGCACAGCGCAGCAAAUAGGAGAAAAACCCAUCAAGAACAGGAGCUGACACAGUCUUCAAAUGUCGACCGUCUCAUCUGCUGCACUUACGGGCGCCGGCUUUGUGCGUAUCGGCCCAGGAGAGCCAUGAAGCGUGGAAUUUCCUGCAACUGCCUUCCCGGGUUUGGAGCGCCGGAGCUCGCAGUUAUUUCGGGCGUGGUGGCGCUAGCAUUCGGGCAGAAGAAGUUGCCUGAAGUGGGUCGAAGCAUUGGGAAGACGGCCGUGAGCUUUCAACAGAAUAAAGAUUUUACAGUUCCAAGGAGAAACGCGAUGGCAUUGAUCUUAUCAGGUUUCAUUUUUUCACAAGAUGGUUUGCACAAUAUUGCGGUUGCACAAUCCAUCGGAUUCCGGGAAUAUAUAGAUACUUUUGAUGGUUACUCCUUUAAGUACCCUCAGAACUGGAUCCAAGUACGAGGUGCUGGUGCUGAUAUAUUUUUCAGAGAUCCUUUUGUUCUCGAUGAGAAUAUUUCAGUCAACAUAUCUUCACCCUCAUCCUCCAGGUACAAGACUGUCGAAGAUUUAGGCCCACCACAGGAAGCCGGGAAAAAUGUUAUGAGGCAGUAUUUGACCGAGUUUAUGUCGACUCGGCUUGGUGUCAGGCGGGAGUCGAGUAUUCUUUCCACCUCAUCCAAAGUAGCCGAUGAUGGAAAGUUGUAUUAUGAGGUUGAGGUAAACAUAAAGUCGUAUGCAAACAAUAAUGAAUUGGCUGUGAUGCCUCAAGACCGGGUCGCCCGUCUGGAAUGGGAUCGACGUUACCUUUCUGUUCUUGGAGUUGAGAACAAUCGAUUAUAUGAGUUAAGAUUACAGACACCAGAAAAGUCAUUCGCAGAAGAGGAAAAGGAUCUCCGUGAAGUUAUGAAUUCUUUUAGGGUUAACAAAGUAGCUGCUUGAAAGCGAUCCUUUUCAAGUCUGUUUAUGAUCUAGAUUCUAGGUUUCCUCUUUCUCCAAUUGUUGUUGCUCCCAAGUUAAUAGUGCUAGUCUUUUUGAUAGAAGUAUCUAUGAGGGGUGAUGUUCAACUGUUGACUGCUUUGAGUUAUCCUUUACGAAAAUUUGAGUAACAAUUACAUGAAACUAAAGGGCUGUUUGCAAUGA